CCACGGCGAGACGUCAAUGACGGCUGUUCAAAGUAGCAUACGUUAGCCACUCGUCGGUAUACAUUGUAGGGUAUGGUAAGGUAUCAAUGUAGGUUUAGUCUGACAUGAUAUUAUAGUAAAAUUCCUCUUUGCCACAUCCCGGUCGAUGUUUAUGGAUUGCCAGAAGUUGACGUGUCUUUGAGUGGACUUCCAGGUAACGUUACGAAAAUGCCUUUGCAUGGAAAAAUAGUCGUGGUGAAGAGGAGUGGAGGAGAUGGGACUGAGUUUCCUCUUACUGCAACAUGCUUAUUUGGAAGGAAGCCUGAUUGCGAUAUUCGUAUUCAGCUUCCACAAGUCUCCAAGGAGCAUUGCAGAAUUGACUUGAAUGAAAAUAAAGAGAUCAUUUUGACAAAUUUGAGCUCUGUGAAUCCAACUCGUGUCAACGGAGAGGUUUUGCAGCAGUCUGAGCGUUUGAAACACGGAGAUGUGAUAACUAUUAUUGACCGUUCUUUCAGGUUUGAGUACCCUCCAGCACCCACACCAAAGAAGAGGUCUUCCACAGGAGGCAAAGCUGACACUCUCAAAGUUCUUCACGAUCAGCAAGUGGGGGACACAGUUACCUCUGAAACUGGAGAUAAAAGGAUCUCUGAAGUAUCCACAGAUCCUCAUCUGAAAGAUGGAACUAACCAUGACAACAUCCAGCGAUCCCUGGAGAAAACUUUGGAGGUGGAGCCCAAAGAGGAAGGCAAAACUGCCUCCCCCUUCAACGACCUGUAUCAAAUGAUCAAAAAAUCUCUGGAUGUCAAGACCCCUCGGAAAUCUUCUGCCAGUUUGCUUCAAACACCCACCUCGAGGUUUUGCACUCCAAAACCUGCUUCAGUCAGGAAAAAUGAUGAACCUGUCACUUGCACCGAAGAUAAAAGCAUUCCUCAGAAGAAUGAAGCUAAAGUCUGUCUUGGAGCUGAUGAAACUAAGGGGGCUGAAAACACAAGUGGUGGAACGCCAAAGUCUGUUAAGAAGCAGAGGAGGUCCUCCCAGGGUCCUUCUACUGAGAUGGCCGCACCUGAAGUUGAGACAGCCGAAAAGUCUGAAGCAACUUCACCUCAGAAGAGAAUCCGUACACCCCCCCAGAGGUAUACUGCGUGUGAGGUUAUUGAGCAAGUUACUGCUCAAUCACCCAAAUCACCUUUGAGACGGAGAAGCAACGAGGCCAAACCUGCAGUGACUCAGGAACAGGAAGCGCAAGCAGUGACUUCUCCCAAAACGAAGCGUUCUCCAAGGAACUCAGGAUGUUCCUCAGCUGAAGUUGGAAAAGUGAAAGAGACAUCCAAAAAACGUAAAAGUGGAGAACUUGCAGCCGACUUGCCUACACCUCAAAUAAAGAAGAAAAGGGUUUCUUUUGGAGGUUUCCUGUGCCCUGAGUUAUUUGACAAACGUCUGCCUCCUGACUCUCCCUUACGCAAGGGGGCCAGUCCGCGGAGAAGCUUUUGUGUGUUUAAACCCAAACAGUCACUCCUGAGACGAGCGUCAGUCACUGGCUCGCUACAGUUCGAUGAAGAGCAACCAGGUAGCCCCAAAGUGCAAAGUCCUGCCAAAAUGAGGACUCCGUCACCUAAGAAAUCAAAUGCCAAGAAUGCUUCUCCUAAGACUCCAACGCCAGGAAAGAAAUCACCAAAAUCUAGGUCCCCUUCUCCCAAGGCAACAUCUCCAGGACAGAAAUCACCCAAAUCCAAAUCCCCUUCUCCCAAGGCAACAUCUCCAGGACUGAAAUCUCCCAAAUCCAGAUCCCCUUCUCCCAAGGCAACAUCUUCUGCAAAGAAGUCACCAAAACCCAGGACCCCUUCUCCCAAGGCUGCGUCACCUGCUGAGAAGACACCAAAAUCCAAAAGUCCAUCUACUGCAAGAGGACGGUCUCCCACUGUUGGUGGAACACCAGGAGUCCAGACCCCCAGAGUACAAGGCCGCUUCUCUGUGUCGCGUAUCAGCACACCAUCUCCAAAUGCAGAAGAUGCUGUUACUGACCAGGUGCCUUCAGUCACAGUAACUCCUAAAAUGCCCCAGAGGAGAAAGAGCAUCUCACAAGAAACUUCAAGUGCUGCAAAAGUAAUGCGCAGAAGAAGUGGCAUUUCACGGGCAUCCCUGAAAGCCAAAAAUUCCUGGGCAAACAUUGUGAAAUUUGGUCAACCUAAGGCUCAAGUGGUUGCUCCAGCUAAAAAAGCAGUCGCCAAAAUGACAAAGAAGAAGACUGUGCCCAAACCACAGACCCCUGCAAGAAAAAUCCAAGGCCAUUUCAGCACUGGACAUGCAGAUUCACCUGUUACUAUUGUUGUGGGCAGAGCUCACAAACAAAGGGUCGUACAUGCAACUGGUGCUGCACCAAGACUGGUCACCAAUACUGCUCUCCUUAAAAGGAACAUGAAAAUGGAUGAGGACUUGACUGGAAUUUCUGAAAUGUUUAAAACCCCAGUAAAUGAAAGGAAAAGGAGAUCUGUGAUCAAUGAGGACAAUGCCACAAAGACACCAGUGGGAGCUCUGGGCACAUCUGUGGUAGAGCCAUCAGUGUUGAACACACCAGAGGAGCCAGGCGAGAUGAUGGUGUCUCCACUGAGUGUUGCGUCCGCAGUAAAAGACAGAAAAUACAACAGCGAGGCAGUCCAACGCCUCCUUAAUGAUGAUCAAGAAUCAAGCUUCGUCAGUGAUGUCCCUGCCUUGGAGAUUCACUCUGAUGAUUCUGGCGAACAGCAGUGCACAGAUAUGAAGACAACCUCUCAAACAACUCCCAAACAGAAGCCAGAAUUACCGGAGUGUCUCACUGGAGUGAAGAGGAUCAUGAAGACGCCAAGGCAGAAGGCUGAACCUGUUGAGGACUUGAGAGGGAGACUUCUGAAAACUCCAAAGCAGAAACCUGAACAACAGGAGUGUCUCACUGGAGUGAAGAGGAUCAUGAAGACACCAAGGCAGAAGGCUGAACCUGUUGAGGACUUGAGGGGGGGACUUCUGAAAACUCCAAAGCAGAAACCUGAACAACAGGAGUGUCUCACUGGAGUGAAGAGGAUCAUGAGGACACCAAGGCAGAAGGCUGAACCUGUUGAGGACUUAAGAGGGAGACUUCUGAAAACUCCAAAGCAGAAACCUGAACAACAGGAGUGUCUCACUGGAGUGAAGAGGAUUAUGAAGACCCCACGACAGAAAGCCGAGCCCAUUGAGGACCUGAGAGGCAAGGUUUUGAAAACCCCCAAGCAGAAACUUGAACAACAAGAGUGUCUCACCGGAGUAAAGAGGAUGAUGGAAACUCCAAAACGGGAAGCUGAACCUGUGGAGGACAUCCGAGUGGAACUUCUGACAACUCCCAAACAGGAGGCUGAACAACAAGAGUGCCUUACUGGAGUUGAAAGCAUUUUGAACACCCCCCAACAACGAGCUGAAUCUCAUGAAGACCUUCAAGAAAAACCUGUAGAAACUCCCAAAGCUCUAGAGGCUGCUGAUGUGAGUUUGGAUGAUGAGAAGGAACUUAUGGAGACACCAGACCAAGUGCAAGAAUCUGCUCCACAGACUGAAGCCACAGGACAACUGGAGACAAAUGAGCAGGUAGAAGAUCAAACACCUCUGGAUUGUGAAGAAGGCGCAGCAAAAGAACUAGACUUUGCCCAUGAGGAGCCACGAGGCGAUAUCCCAUCAGAUGUGAUUGCUCUCCAUGAUGACAUAGAAAAGGAAGAAGAUGCAAAAGAAGUUGUCGUUGAUGACCACGUAGAGGAAGUGCCAAGUGGACACAAUAAUAACGAAUCAUCAGAUGCUUCGGAACCUCUCUCUGAACCAGCUGUAGAUGAGAUAUCUGCGGAACAACCCAAAGUGGACACAGUGGAUGAGACUUUACCUGAAGACAAACCUGAAGUGGACGCAGUAGAUGAGAGUUCACCUGUAGAACAAGCUGAAGUGGACGCAGUAGAUGAGAGUUCACCUGUAGAACAAGCUGAAGUGGAUGCAGUAGAUGAGAGUUCACCUGUAGAACAAGCUGAAGUGGAUGCAGUAGAUGAGAGUUCACCUGUGGAAGAACCUGAGGUGGAGACUGCUCCUGGAAAAGUCACAGAAAUGGACACAACUGCCACGGAUCCUGACCCUAAGAAGAAACCUGUUCGUGGCAGAAGGGCAAAAACAGUGGAACCUAAAGCACCUGAAGAUGCUGUCGUCUCUGCUCCAGUCAGAGGAAGAAGAGGGAAGAAAGCUGAAGCUACAGAACCACCUGCCAUUGAAACUGCUCCUCAGGCACCUGUAACUGAGAGUUUACCUGAAGAGGAGACUUGCAAAGUCACCGAAACAGAUGCAGCCAUUGUUGAGAAUAAAUCUGUUAGAGGCAGAAGGGCGAAACUGGUGGAGUCUAAACCAGCUGAUGAUAAUCAGGAGGCAGCAGAACACUCUGAAGAACCCGUUGCUCCAACCCCAGUCAAAGGAAGAAGGGGAAAGAAAACUGAAGCUGCUGCUGGACCACCUGCUGUUAGACAAACAACAAGAGGCAGAAAUGCAAAGUCUCAAGAGAGCAAUGAUGAUGAGGUCACGAAGGAGAAAAGUGCCUCUCUGCCUUCCAAACCAACCCUUAAAACUAGAAGAGGAAGAAAAGCUUCUGAUGAUCAAGUGGAAACCGUCCAAGAGGUCGCCGCUGAAACUGAAAUGGUGCCAGAACCUAAGAGUGAACAGAGCCCCCCAGUUGAAGUCAACAUCGAAGCAAAUGACAGUGCAUCACCCCAGGAGAAGGCUGUGAAGCCCAAGAGAGGGAGAAAAGCUAAACAGCCUGAAGAACCAGUGCUAGAGCAGCAAGAUUUACCCAUUACUCAGAGUGAGGAUGCUCCUGAAAUGGACACAGCUAAAGAAGCAAAUGCAAAUGAAGUCUGCAGCGACCAGCUGGAGGUGGUGCCCAGUGCAAGUGAUGAAAAUAAAUUAUCAGAUGCCAUGGAAACUGUUCCCCAGACGCCUGUAACUGAGAGCCUACCUGAAGUGGAGACAGCCACUUGCAAAGUCACCGAAAUGGAUGCUGCUGUCGUUCAGAAGAAAACCGUUCGAGGCAGAAGGGCGAAACUGGUGGAGUCUAAAUCGGCUGAAGAUAAACAGGAGGCGGCAGAACAUUCUGAGGAUCCUGUCGUCUCUGCUCCAGUCAGAGGCAGAAGAGGGAAGAAAACUGAAGCUGCUGCACCAGCCGCUGUAAGACGAACGACAAAAGGCAGAAAUGCUAAAUCUCAAGAAAUCAUCUCUGAAGACAAACCUGAAGUGGAUGCAGUAGUGGAGAACUCACCUGUGGAACAAUCUGACGUGGACGCAGUCGAUGAGAAUUCAUCUGAAGAACAACCUAAAGUGGAGACUGCUACUGUAGAAGUCACAGAAAUAGACACAACUGCCACGGAUCCUGACCCUAAAAAGAAAUCUGUUCGUGGCAGAAGGGCAAAAACAGUGGAACCUGAAGCAGCUGAGGAUAAACAGGAGGCUGAAGAUGCUGUUGUCGCUGCUCCAGUCAGAGGAAGACGAGGAAAGAAGGCUGAAGCUGCCGCACCACCUGCUGUUAGACAAACAGGAAGAGGCAGAAAUGCAAAGUCUCAAGAAAGCACCUCCGAUGAUAAACCUGAAAUGGUACCAGAGACAGCUGCGGAAAUAACACCUGUGACUGAGAUUUCCAUUGAAGUUGUGAGUGACCAGAGUGAUCCUGCACCUUCUGUAGAGGAAGCUGUCGUGAAGCCUGUUCGAGGGAGGAAAACUAAACAAACACCAGUUGAGCCAUCUCAACCAGAGCCAGAGAAAACUGAAGCUGUGAGUGACGAGCCUGUUGUGAUAGAUGCUCAGUCUGAAAAGUCCAUUCCUACUGUUGCAAAGCCCAAAAGAGGGAGAAAGACCAAACCUGAUACUGUUGAGCAAAAUGAGGUGGCAGAAGACACAGUUGUCGCCGUGGAGACCAAGCAGCAGUCUGAACCUCCAGUUAAGGCUAAGAGGGGAAGAAAUGCCAAAAAGGAAGAAGUUGAGACUACUGAAUCCCAGGAGCCGGCCAAAAAAGUGAGGAGAACCAAGAAGGCAGAGCAAGACCACGUAGAACCACAAGAAGAAGUCCAAACGGUUGAAAAUGUUGUUCCAGAGGAGGCUGAAGCGACACUUGUUGCUGAACCAGUGAAGGUUGAUGAACAGGCUACUGUAGCUGCGAAACCCAGGAAAGGAGGCCGGAAAGCAAAACAAGACACUGAGAGUGAAACUCCUGUCGAACCCACUGAGGUCCCUGCGGUCAAACGGGGCAGGAGAGGAAAACAAGUUGCUGAAGAAGUUGCAGUCACUGCUGUGGUACCAGAAGAAAAACCUGAGCAUGAGGUGGAGGCUGAAGAGAAGAAAGAUGCCGAGCCAGACUCUCCAGUCAUUAAACAAAGCAGGGGAAGGGGGGCGAAAACAUCUUCAAAAAAUGAGGCUUCCCAAGCCAUUCCAGCCAAGAGAGCUCGUCGAGGUGCAGCUCUUCCUGUCGAGGAGACCAACGCAGAAGUUUCAGAGCCUACAUCAACUUCAGUAGAGCCUGCCAAAAGGGGGAGACGGGCAGCGGCAAAGCCCACAGCAGAUGAUGCCACCGAAGAGUCAAGCAGUGCUGUUGUGGAAGACACAAAAACAUCCAAAAGAUCCGUCAAGUGGAACGCAGAUGUGGAAGUCUUUGAUAUUCCAAAAGCAACACCAGUGAAGGCAGCGCGAGGCAGGAAGUCCAAACUUGACACUGAAAGCAAAAAUGUGUCAAAGGACGAUGACAAAGCUGAAGAGAAGGAUCUCUCAGACAAAGUCAUCGAAGCUCAGCCUGUCAAGAGAGCCAGGCGAGGGGCAAAGGUCGCUGAUGUAACAGCAGAAGAGUCCACAAGCAAGGUGAAAAGUGUUGAGGCUGAGACACAGCCAAAAACCAGAAGAGGAAGACCAGCAAAAAAAUAAAAAGCAUCUGUAUAUAGUCUUAAUCCCAGUGACUUGUUUUCCCCCAUUUCCCAUUUAACUUUUUUUUUGUACUUGUCAUUUUUAUUAGAUCAUACAGCAUUUUAUAAAGUAGUUUUAUAGAUGAAAAUGACGCACUGCCUUUUUUUUUUUUUUCUCCAAUACAGCAGGGAAUCUUCUAACCAUUUAUAUCGUGACAAGUUGUAUGUUGUUCAUUACUGGUUUUGCAAAUAUUUUUAUGGUUUAAAAAAGUGAUUUAUUAAAUUUUUUUGUA